AUGAGUGAUCCUCGGGGGACCAGGCGGAUCCUAGUGACUGGGGGCUCAGGGCUGGUGGGCAGAGCCAUCCAGAAGGUGGUAGAAGAUGGAGCCAGGCUGCCUGGAGAGGACUGGGUGUUUGUCUCCUCCAAGGAUGCCGAUCUCACGGAUGCUGCACAGACCCGAGCGCUGUUUGAACAGGUCCAGCCCACACAUGUCGUCCAUCUUGCUGCAAUGGUGGGGGGUCUGUUCCGGAAUAUCAAAUACAAUUUGGACUUCUGGAGGAAAAACAUACACAUCAAUGAUAAUGUGCUACACUCGGCCUUCGAGGUGGGCGUGCGCAAGGUGGUCUCCUGCCUGUCCACCUGCAUCUUCCCAGACAAGACCACCUACCCCAUCGAUGAGACCAUGAUUCACAACGGGCCGCCGCACAGCAGCAAUUUUGGCUACUCUUACGCCAAGAGGAUGAUCGAUGUGCAGAACAGAGCCUACUUCCAGCAGCAUGGCUGCACCUUCACCGCUGUCAUCCCCACCAAUGUCUUCGGGCCCCACGACAACUUCAGUAUCGAGGACGGCCACGUACUGCCCGGCCUCAUCCACAAGGUGCACCUGGCCAAGAGCAGCGGCUCAGCCUUGACGGUGUGGGGCACAGGGAGGCCCCGGAGGCAGUUCAUCUACUCACUGGACCUGGCCCGGCUCUUUAUCUGGGCCCUGCGGGAGUACGAUGAGGUGGAGCCCAUCAUCCUGUCAGUGGGUGAGGAGGAUGAGGUGUCCAUCCAGGAGGCAGCGGAGGCCGUGGUAGAGGCCAUGGACUUCCAUGGGGAGGUCACUUUUGAUACAACCAAGUCAGAUGGGCAGUUUAAGAAGACAGCCAGUAAUGCCAAGCUGCGGGCUUACCUGCCCGAUUUCCAGUUCACGCCCUUCAAGCAGGCCGUGAAGGAGACCUGUGUCUGGUUCACCGACAACUAUGAGCAGGCCCGGAAGUGA